AUGGCAGCGCAGUCAACUUCCCCACGUGGUUCUGGCGCCAUUCCUAAACCUGCCUCUGCACCUACCUCUACCUACUCUGAUCCCUAUGCUGAUGGCCUUCGUGCUGCUAUCGCUGAAACUGAGCGGAUUGCGGCCACGGCCCAAGCCACUGCUGCGGCUGCUCCUGACAAUGCUGCAGCCCGUGACCUCGCUCGUGUUCCUGCUGAGUCCCUCGAGAGCACCCGCAAGCGCCUCUCUGAGCAUCUCGCUACCCCUUCUCCUCGCUCUGCCCCUACGCCCUCUGCUUCUGCUCCAUCUCACUCUGACCUUCUCGCUGACUGGCAUGUUGCCAACGCACGUGCCUGCCAGGUCAUCCUUGUCUGCCUACCUUCGACCCUUCUCCCUCAGUGCUCGCACAUCCCCUGUGCCAAGGACCUUCUCGGUUAUCUCACUGAGCGCUUCCAGUCGCAGACUCCCAUCAGUGUCAUUGCCCUCUUACGCGAGCUCACCUCUCUUCGCCUUGCUGACUUCACCACCAUGGCGGACUACAUCGCUCGUGUGCAGACGCUGUCCUCCCAACUUGCCGCCCAAAAGUUCGAACUUUCCGAUCAUGUCUGCGGUGCCCUCCUCCUCACAGGCCUCACUCCUGAAUACAGUGUUCAUGUCACCCUGUAUGACCGGUUUGAGAGGGAGGAGCGGGAGCGCUUUGAGAGGGCACGACAACAGCAGCAUCAGCAGCAGCAGGCGCAAGCUCAGCCGCAGCGCCUGGAGAGAGUCGAGGAGGAGCCACAGCCACAGCAGGAGAGAGUAGAGGAGGAGUCACGACUACAGCAGCAGAUGCAGUUGGAGCCACAGCAGCAGAGAUUAGAGGAGGAGUCACGUUUGCAGCAGGAGAGGGUAGAGCAGGAGUCCCAGCCGCAGCAGCAGAGGGCAGAGGAGGAGCCAUAG